AUGACUCUUGAUUUGGAUAAAAUAUUUAUAAAAUAAUCAACUAUUACUGAUAACAUGAACUACAAUAAUAAUUAUGGAAAUAUAAUGAUUAAUAAUUCUGAUUUAGUUGAGAUAAAUAAUAGCUAUUUUAAUAAUAAUAUUGGUAUUGAGGGUUCAUGCCUUUAACUUAUAAAUAACUAAAAUUUAAUAAUAUAUCAAUCAAAUUUUUCUAAAAAUGUAGCUUAAGCUAGUGGUGGAUCUCUUUAUUUAUUAGAUAUUAACAAUAUUACGAUUGAUCAAAAUACAAAAUUUAAAAAUAAUGUAGCUUAAAUAGGUGGAGCUAUGAGAAUUUUGUAUAGCUAGCAAAAGUAUCAUAUAUACCUAUAUAGUUUUAAUACGAUUUAGGCAUAAUUUGAUAGUAAUUUAGGAUAAAUUUAUGGAAAUGAUAUUGGAACUUAUCCUUAUUAUUAUUUAAUUUUUUAAGAAAACGAUUUUAAUAAGAAAUCACUAAUUUAUAAAGGGUAAUUAUUUAAUUAGGAAUAGGAAAAUCUUAUUCUUGAAAAUAUAUAGAGCGGAGGAGAAUUAUAGAAAUAUAGUUUUGAAAUAUUAUCAAAUUCUACGAAUGAUAUCAUAGAAAUAAAAGGAGAUAUAAACUGUGUAUAGUGUAGUAAUUAAACAUACUCUCUUUUAGAUCCGAUAGAUGCAACAAAUAUUACUCUUUAUGAUAAAUUAUAGUAAAAUAUAAGCAAUUAUAUAUGUAAAAAGUGCCCUGAAGGUUCUGUAAGCUGCUAUUCAGAUAUAAUAAUCCUAUAGUAAGGAUAUUGGAGGGAAAACAAUCAAACGGAUGCAAUAUUUUAAUGUAAUUUGAUAAAUCCAGGUAUCUGUGAUCCUACCAAAUAAAAUGGAUGUAUUGAAGGUCAUAUCGGACCACUUUGUGAAACAUGUGACUAUUUUGGAGUUGUAUUCAAAGAAAAUACAUAUUCUUAGAGCAUAUCUACUAUAGGAUGUAGUAAAUGUGCUUCAGAUGUUCUAUAGCUUGUAUUUGUAAUAUUACUUCUAUCUCUUUUGGCAGUAUAUUUAAGCUUAUCAACAGUUAUUUUUAUCAAAUAAUAUGUUUAUACAAGUACACUGACAUACUUAAGAUUGCUAAAAACUGUGCCUUUUUCUAAUAGUUGUGUUUUAGACUAAUCUAACUUUGUUCACCAGUAACUAGUGUAGCUUUAAAUGGAUAAUGCCUUUACAAGUAUAUUGGAUCUUCUAUAAACAGUCAAAAUGAUUUAGUGA